AUGAACCUGGCAGAGAAAGAGGGAGAGAGAAAAUUUGUGCUGGAUAUCCUCCAGGUUCCAGCCCCAAACUGCGCCCUUCCGUUUGAAUUGCUUACUGUGGUGAUUUCUGAAAAUGGGGGACAGCAGGUUCACCAGUGUCCAUCCACAAGCAGUGAUUCUUGUCACCAAAGGGAUGGCCAAAUUGUGAAUGGGUGCCCCUUGCUCCAGCCCAGGGCAAUAAAUCCGGAGAGGCUGAAGGACUUUGGGGAGGAUGAGUACCUGGAAAAAGAUGUCAAGACUUGUGACAUAACCGUUACGGGCCACUCAGAAACACAGCUCAGCAAUGCCGUAAACAUGCCAGAGCACAAGACAAACCGGAUCCGAGGAAACUGCAGCGGGCAAAUACAAUUUGAGGACAUCAGUGUAGCAGCCUUCAAAAUCUCAAAUGGAGUCCAGAAAACACCCUGCACGUACUCCAGGCUCUCUAAGCAAUAUGGGAUGGAUCUUUACUUGAAGAAGGAAUAUCUGCACUAUACUGGCACUGUGAAAGAGCGAGGUGUGUGGUACUUGCUAACAUCACUAUCAAAGGAACAGCAGAGGAAGGGUGUGAUCUUGGCAUCGGACAACAACUUCUCAAAGGCCAUGGCACACCACGCCACAGAGCUCCACAUCCCUGUCUUCAUUAUUGUGCCUACCAACACCUCACCAGGCAAGGUGAAAACAUGCCGGGAGUACGGAGCCUUGGUGAUUACCUACGGAAAUAGUGUACAGGAUUCCCAGAGCCAUGCAAAAAAACUGGCCACUGAGAAUGGCUACCUCUAUCUGCAAGAGGAGGACAGCGCACCUUACUUGGCAGGACUGGGCACCAUGGGGCUUGAGGUUUUUGAGCAGGUAAACAAGCUGGAUGCCGUGAUCCUGCCAGCAGGAGGAGAGUGUAAUCUCCUGGCAGGGGCUGCUGCCCCCAUCAAACAUCUCAAUCCGGGCAUUACAGUCAUUGGUGUGGAGCCUGAGAGUUAUUCAACACUUCAACAAUGCCUCGAGCUGGGACAACCUCCAGCAGACUCAGCCUGCACUAGCCACAGAAUAUAUGGAGAAUUGGUCAACUCUUCUUUUGGCAGUAAUGCCUUUCAGAUGACUAAGAAACUCAUAGAUAAGGUUGUUACCGUUAAGGUGGAGGACAUUCUACUUGCUAUUCUUCGCCUGAUGGAGUAUGAGAGGGCCAUAGUGGAUGCUGAGGGAGCUAUAGGCCUUGCUGCUGUGGUUGCUGGGAAGCUACCAGAACUCAAAGGCAAACGAGUGGUCGUUGCUCUAUGCAGUGGCAAUAUAGACGUUCCCCUGCUGCAUCAGUGCCUAGACAGGGCACUAGUAGUGGAUAACAGGCUGUGCAAGUUCUCCAUUCAACUGACAGACUGUGCUGGAGAUCUCACGAAGCUGCUUGAGAUACUUGCACGUGAAGAAGUGCACGUGCUGAAUAUUACUCAGGAACGGGCUUUUAUCACCUCAGAUAUCUUCGUUGUUAAGGUAACCUGUGUUAUUGAGGUCCGAGAUAGGAUACAAGGUGCACAGUUGCAGAGAACCCUGAAUGAUCGCUAUGCUACAUUUACAUGGCUGGAUCAAUAAGAAGACUUGAACAUAUAAAGAAAAAUGUGUUUCACUGGAAGCACACAGUGGGCAAAGAAUAUAAUGGAGCACAUGAAACAUUUUCAAGUAGUUUAGCAAGUAUAUGGCUGUCAUUCUGCAUGAUACAGAAGAUUUUUCAAGAUGGUGCCAUCAAAACCAGCAAUCACUCCAUUAGGGCCAACUCUAAAUUUAAACUAAAAUUCAGUCACAGCCACUGACAAGUACUCAACUGUCAGAUGUGCCAUCUUAUAGAAUCCCUUCAGUGUGGAAACAGGCCCUUUGGCCCACCAAGUCCACACCAACCCUCAGAGCAUCCCACCCAGACCCAUGCACCUAUAA